UAAGGAAUGAUAUCAUACAGAACGGCGAAAGAGAGAAGCCUUCGUGAACUUCAAACUUAGGGUAUCGAGGGGGCUAAGCUACUGUCGAGUCUCGUGUGUGAAGAUCGUGCCGGUCGGUCUUUGCUUUGAUCGCGGGAGACAGAGACUGUAAGUGUUUGCGUCGCUGUAUGAAUGAAAUGGAGUUGUCACUUUGUAGAAACCGGUGAACAAUAUUUUGCGUAUUCUUUACUCUUUCCUUCUGUCAUUUUUUCAGAGCACUGUCGCUGAGGCUUGCACAUUCCAUGAAGGAGCAAGAGUAAUUUUUAAUAAAUCUUCCAAAGACUGUGUGCAGAUAAAAGAGGCUAAGAGUUUAUUGACGUCGAACACGAAAGGCGGACUGAAAAUCAACCAGCAGGAGGGUCUCUGUCUCAUCAGCAAGCCAGCAGAGAAUGCAUCCGAGCCGAAACCGAAAUCUUAGCAGUAAUCACUUUCGAAGAGACUGUCCGAGCGUUGGACGAAUGCUGCCUCCGUCAGAUCUAUCCUUUUUACUCACAAAAUUCAAGAAUUAUAGCUCGGAUGAAUAUUCCACAGUCGACGAUGAUGGGAUGUCAGUGCCCCCUUUGGCAUGUGCUUUUGCAAAAAUGCCACAGCAUCAGCAUAUUCUGAGUGUUGUCGAUGAGGAUGGUUAUUUGAUUUUGUACAACACACAUAAGACUGCAAGACAUGCUAUUAUAAAAACCUGGCAGAUUCACACCAAUGCCGUGUUUGACCUCGAAUGGCUUCAGGGGGAAGACAGAAUUCUCUCUGGUUCGGGUGACCAGACGAUUGUCCUGCAUGAUGUGCCCACUGGUCAGAAGUUGGAGACGUUUCGAGGACACGCCAGCAGCAUCAAGUCAAUCUCCUGCAGGGUUGGCGAUGAUGCUGUUUUCUGUUCUGGCUCUCGAGAUGGCCAUAUUAUGACAUGGGACAAACGGAUUUACCAUAAAGAUGGUGUUGUUCCUCCAGUAAAUACUAUCUCUCAUGCACAUAGAUUGUUGCGAGCAACCUCAUCAGUAAGGAGCCGGAAGCAGUCUCCAGUUACUGUGGUUGGGAAUGCGCAACAAAGCGUGACGUGUGUCUUGUUCCAGAACGAGAACUACCUCAUCUCUGCAGGAGCUGUGGACGGUUGUCUCAAGGUUUGGGAUAUUCGCAAGACUUAUCGAGCAGGAACAGGGGCCACCCCAGUGCAUGUGUUUCACUACCCAGGCUCCAACACAAGGAAACGCGGAUACUCUAGCUUGGUGAAGGAUAUGUAUGGGCUACGAUUGUUUGCAAGUUGUACAGACGACAAGAUUUACGAAUACAACAUUCACAAUUACAGUGAUAAACCUGUGCAAUGCUGGAGUGGACACAAAAACAGCACUUUCUACGUCAAGUCAGCUCUCAGCCCAGACAACGAGUAUCUCCUGAGUGGCUCUAGCGAUGACAUGGCUUACAUCUGGCAGGUGAAUAAACCGAAGGCAUCUCCGAUCGUCCUCAAAGGUCACACAGCCGAAGUUACCAGUGUUGCAUGGUGCCCCAACGACGUCACGAAGCUGGUUACUCUGUCUGACGAUGCUAAAACAAAGUUCUGGCGCGUGUUCUGCCGAGAACUGGACAAAGAGCGUUUGCCACCAUGGGUGGGGCGAGCACGCAGGUUUUCCAAGGAAAGAGGAACAUCUACAUCGGCUGACCUACCUCCUGUGCCCGCCACCUCCCAGGACCUGUCAGUUUCAGAGAAAAUUAAACCUCAAAACAACCUCAGUUCUCCCAAGCUGGUCAAGUCACCGUCACUCCUGGGCUGGUUGAAGAGAAAAUCUCUGAGCGCUGCGUCAAGUUCUACUGACGGUGCUUCACCUUGUAAAGUUCAGAAACUGGAGUCAUCAGCUUCACAAAAUAGCAAUAAUGACACAUCAUCAAGCGGUGGAGGAGAAAAACGUUCUCUGAAGGGUGAAGAGCCUGAGAGGUGUUCAGGGUCAUCGAGUUCUUUGGUUUUUGACGGCCCCGUGACUCCGGUGAAACGGACCAAGCUUGAACCAGAUGCUUCUUGUGUGUCAGAUCCCAGCGGAUUACUGGCAGGUGAUGGAUCAAAACGGCUUUCUGUUGUUUCAGAAAAUGAUUCAAGUUCCAAGUCGCCACCAUCGACUCCCUCCAUGCUACCACCUCUGAAAAUACAAAUUCUCAAAUCACCAACCAAGUCUCCUGCUAAGUCUCCUCCAUCAAAACGUUGGCGAGGAGAAGGGAUGAUUUCUGAAAAUAUUCCUUCUCUUUCGCCCAAGAAGAUUCCCAAAUUCUCCAAUGAAAUAAGCUCUCCAAAGCGACCCUGUUUGACAAGACUUGAAUCCAAUGGACAGAAUAAGGCUGUGCACCCUUCUUGUGUUAGAGGCUCUCUGUUUGACGAUGAUAAACCGUCUUCAGAAUCUCACACCGGUGAAAUUGUUAAAGGGGAGAAACUUACCUGUGAUUCGAGUGACAAAUCCGUGACGAGUCAGAGUGUGUCAGGGGGACACGCCCCCGAGGUUCCUGUGGUCACAACUCCAUCAAGACUGUCUUGUGAAGAUUUUGUGGAAUCCGACUCUCCGACGCACAACCUGCCCAAUCUGGUGAUGGAUGAGCUGGCGGGUCGAAACCCCACCACUCCCCGCAGGUCUUCCUCGUCUCUCACCCCUCGGAGAGAUGAUUGGCUGACGAGGCUCAGACUUGCUAAGCAGAAAAGUUCACCGGAAUUGGGUCAAAGCCCAGAGGAAAAGGGCAAGCGGAUUUUGGGGAAAUCCUCACCAAAGACCAUAAAGGGAAUGAAGAAAAUCCAGUCUUACUUCAAGAACAAAGAUACGCAGUAAUUUGGAGAGCUGCAUUACAAGCAAACACUGGAUGCUUCUACAGCACAGCUGCCUGAGCUUUCCAGCUUGCACACAAAAUGGAGUACUAUUUUAAUUUUUUUGGAGGGUCAACUUUUGAUUUUUUGAUUGAUCAUUCUUCAGUGGUCAUGAUGUGCUCAGAGAGGAUAAUGUUGGAACUGUUUAUCUUGUAUUUAUUGACCGGUGUUAUGUGUGUUGUUCAUUUGUCAUUUCAUGUAGCUGGAAUGACAUAUUGUGCCAUGACCAGAGAAUCACGUGGUUAUGGGUUUAUUUUCAAAGAAAUCACGCAUGUUUUCAAUUGUAACAUGUAUGGGGUUAGUUGAUGGGUGUUCUGGUAUGAUAUGAUCUUUUCUGUUUCUAUUGUCUUUUUCUGUUUUUAUAUGGUUGUUAUGCUUAGUGUCCAGACACAGCGGCACAAUUGCAAUCACGUUGUUAAAAUGAUUUAUGUUGAAUAUGUCUGUAAAAGAAAUGAUUCGCUUUUCCAUAUUAUUUUUUUUCAUGUCGUUCUCGGUUGGAAAAGAUUUCCGAACCCUAUUAAUUUUUCAGUGUCGUUACCUCAGAGUCCUUUGACAAGAUUUUAUUUGUAAUAUAAUAUAUAUAUCAAUCUGUCCUUCACCCUCAAAGUACCCCACUACAUUCCUUCAGUUCAUAUUUUUUUUCCCUAUCAUGAAGCAGUAUUAAAGCUAUUGUCUCUCAUUCAUUGUGAAAUGUGCUAUUGUGUGUGCAGUGAUCAGGUCAGAUCAUAACGGUCUAAAAUCGAAUAUGGAAAUCUCUCUACACAAAGCUUUUUAUUUGAUAUUUACUAUUACUACAAGUGUGAAAAAUGAUGAGAGUGGGUGGUUGACUGGUGCUCUGGUAUGGUUUGCUCCUUCCUUCCUGUCAAACAUUUAUCCUU